GUCCACCAGCGGCAGACGGCAGCAUGAGUGGAGGAGGCUACUUGUGCGGCACCAUCUUCAGCUUCGUCGGCUUCGUCUUCCUGGUGGUGGUGGGUUCCUUGCUGAAGCUGCAACCAAUGUACAUCCACAACGCAAAGUCGCCGAACUCCGGUGCCAACUCGUGCUUUGAGGCCGCCAUGCUGUACGCUGUGGCGAUGGGCGUGUGCUACACGAUGUGGCGAAAAGAGAAGCUGCGCGCGGGCGAGUUGGACUUCCUCUCCGACACGUUCACGCUCAAGCGCGACAGGGCCUACUACGGCUCGGAGGACUCGGACGAGGAGCUGCCGCUGGCGAAGAACAUGUCUCCCACGCCGCGCAUGGUGUAGAGUCUUAAGAACCCGUCGACGCCAGACCAGCGAUGAUAUAUAAGAGCAAUAAAUGUUUGCAUAGCUACC